AUGCUCGAUUUCACUCUGUCCAAAGAACGCCGUGUUCCUCUGUCUCUCUUCCUUUCGCAUUCUCAUUGCCCUUUUGUCCGCAGAAGUGACAGAUCUGAUCCCGAACGGCGUGAUCUGUACGCUGGAUCUGCUUUUUCAACUGUCUAUCGUCGUGGAUCUGUUGUCAUCGUCGUUGAUCUGUCGUCUAGGCUCCUAGCUUUUGAGAUCCGAUCCCUUUGUACGCCUUCAAAGGCGGUUUACGAUUUUGUUAUGCUAACUAUAGGUGGACUCAAAAUAUCGCGCUGUGUUCUAUACAAGGACUUAUUAAGGAAAGCCGCCAUGGUUGACCAGGUCCAACAUCCUACAAUCAUGGAGAAGGUUGCUGGCCAGCUCCAUCUCCGUUCUGGUUUUUCAUCUGGUAUUAAGAGUUCUGAUGGGGCUUUCCGCCACCCUGCCAUGUACCAAAAACCCUUAUUUGGGAGCUACUCAAAUGCUGCAAUUCAGUAUCCUGUGAUGCCCUCGUGCAAAACAACAAUGGAUUUGUCUGCUGUUGCAACAACAGCAUCCCCUGUAUUUGUUGCAGCCCCAGCAGAGAAAAGCCAUUUUCUUAUUGACUUUCUCAUGGGAGGUGUUUCAGCAGCUGUCUCCAAAACUGCUGCUGCUCCCAUCGAACGUGUUAAGCUUUUGAUCCAGAAUCAGGAUGAGAUGCUCAAAACUGGAAGGCUUUCUGAGCCUUACAAGGGUAUUGGUGAUUGUUUUAAAAGAACAAUCGCUGACGAGGGUGUUGUUUCUCUAUGGAGAGGAAACACUGCAAAUGUGAUCCGUUAUUUCCCCACCCAGGCUUUGAACUUUGCAUUUAAGGACUACUUCAAGAGGCUCUUCAAUUUCAAGAAGGAAAGAGAUGGCUACUUUAAAUGGCUUUGUGGCAACUUGGCCUCUGGAGGUGCUGCUGGUGCAUCGUCCCUUGUAUUUGUUUACUCUCUUGACUAUGCCCGUACCCGUCUUGCCAAUGAUGCCAAGGCUGCCAAAACGGGGGGAGAGAGACAAUUCAAUGGUCUUAUUGAUGUCUACAGGAAGACGUUGGCAUCUGAUGGUAUUCGUGGUCUCUACCGUGGUUUUGCCCUCUCAUGUGGUGGAAUCAUUGUGUAUCGUGGUCUGUAUUUUGGAAUGUAUGAUUCUGUGAAACCAUUCGUCCUCACCGGAUCAUGGGAGGAUAGCUUUUUUGCCAGCUUUGCCCUUGGAUGGGUCAUCACCAAUGGUGCAGGACUUGCAUCUUACCCAAUUGACACUGUGAGAAGAAGAAUGAUGAUGACCUCUGGUGAAGCUGUCAAGUACAAGAAUACCUUCGAUGCAUUCCAGCAAAUCGUGAAGAAAGAGGGUACCAAGUCCUUGUUCAAGGGUGGUGCUGCCAACAUCCUCCGUGCUAUUGCAGGUGCUGGUGUGCUUGCUGGGUACGACAAGUUGCAGGUUCUUGUGUUCGGCAAGAAGUAUGGUUCUGGUGGAGGUGCUUAA